GUUCUUCCUGGUAGUUGUAGUUCGUAGGUGAGAUUCGUUUCCGUGUAUCUAGCCUACGUUAGGUGGAGGAAUCUGCUCUGCAAAGACAAACACAUGUGAAAUUAUUGAUCAGGAUUGAGUGAAUUUAUGGAAACAUGUCAAAGAAACGGGGCAGGAAGCGUAGCAGUGGGGAGCUGAGUGAGAGCUCAGCGUCGACCCUGAGCCCGGACCCUGACAACCUUCUGGGCCGCAGGAUUCAGCACACCUGGAGGGAGAAGGGCAACGUGACCAAGUGGAAAGGCACCGUCCUGGAGCGCCUGACCGUCAACAGCUCCCUCUACAUGGUCAAAUACGACGGCUUCGAUUGUGUCUAUGGCAUCGAGCUCUUCAAAGACAGCCGGGUAUCCAACCUGCAGGUCCUGUCAGAGAAAGUUGUGAACAAUAAAAUUAAGGUGCCUCCUGGGGCGGAGGAGCUGGUGGGUCGAGCGGUCGAACAUCUGUUUGAGAAGGAGGACGGGGAGAAAAACGAGUGGCGGGGCAUGGUGCUGUCACGAGCCCCCAUCAUGACCCACUGGUAUUACAUCACCUAUGAGAAGGACCCCGUGCUGUAUAUGUACCAGCUGUGGGACGACUACAAGGACGGAGACCUGCGUGUCCUACCAGAGUCAGAGAAUAAACAUCUGCUGCCAGCAGACAGGAAGCCCGGGGAGGAGCCAGAGAGCCUCGUGGGUAAACAGGUGGAGUACGUCACAGAUAACGGUCUGAAGAGGACGGGCUUGGUCAUCUACCAGGUCCCAGCGAAGCCCACUGUAUACUACAUAAAAUAUGAUGAUGACGUUCACAUCCACGUUUACGAUCUGGUGAAGACCACCUAGUACUGACUGUCUGCGUUCAUCUUCAACUAACGGCUCAUGUUUGUUCCAACCAGGCGUUACAUAAAGUGUUAAAGAGUCUAACUUUUCUCCUUCGGGAGGCGAUGGGCCGGAAGUCAAAAGCCCUAGGCUGUUUUUUGUUUUUUUUGUUUUUUUGUCUCUCUUUUUAUUUUUAUUUUUUGGCCUCCUGGGCCUCCCUUCCAUUCUCGCAUUACAAGAAAUCCCAGCUUACGAUUCAAAGUCUUAAGUUGAACUUAUUGUAUAACUAAUAAGUCCUCUCUAGUGUAAAUAAGUCAAGCCGCUUGUAUAGCCCAGCAGAUGAAAUGGAGCUUUACAUUUGUUUUGAUUCACUCACACUUGUAUAGUGCAACUAUCAAACUCCCAGUUCCUAAUUUUUGUAAGCAAGACUUCAAACUAAGAGAACUCAGCUUUCUUACCUAUACCUCUGUGCGUUACUCUCAUUUCACUUUUAUAUGCCUGUGUUAUUUAUUUCAUCUGGAAUAUGUGGCUCUGCUGCUGGUAUCAACUCAAAAACUCUACUGUGCUUUCUGUGUGUCCCUGAGGAGGGCUCAGUUCGUUCAAUAUUCAUUUGAUCUGAUUUUGUCAUCACAGUGCAUAGUGAAUAGGCAUCAGUGAGACUUGACCGCGUCUCACAUCAUGGGUAGUAACAUGCAUUUCUGUUUCAUUUCAUCGCGUGAAGUUUUCUACGUUCUAAUAAUAUAUCAGAAAUACUGAUGUUGAUGUCGAGUUGUUUCAGACGGUGUUUGUGUAACACACUAUUUAUGUAGUUGAAAAUUGGCUACCAACAUUGGUUAGUGUUUUGGACCGAGGUCCUGAAUUUUUGCCAAAAAAUGAAUGGAAUAUUGUUCAUUGUGACCCUGAAUAUGUUUUGUUCUGUAAAUAUAAUAAGACAUUUUUAUGAACGUAAAACAAA